AUUGGGGGGAAACCACCUCGUGGCUAAAUCUAUUACAUUCUCAGCGCCCCUCGUCUUACAUACUCUUAACAUUAAGAGACCCCCAACAAUAAACGACGUCGACUACCUGACACCGACCCCUCCCUUUGGUGGCCAUUCCACCCAUCAUCAACCUUUCACUCUUUCCCAGGUCAGACGACUUGCCACCACUUCCUAUUAUCCCCUCAAUUCUUCCCUAAAUCCCCACGAGUGGCCACGAGUUGUCGUACACCUGACUUCUUUUCAUCCUCACUUCGCUUAUAGCGAUCAUCAUCCACAGAUAGUCACCACAUCUUUCCUCUACACACGAAAUACACUCCCAUCAUUCCCAUCAUGCCUUCACCUCCACCUCAACCUGUCCCUACCAAUAACCCCCACGCCGCGUUCAAACAUCCUCAGAACAUCAAUACAUCACCUAGAACAGGUAUGUCACCCAUGUCAUAUGGUGCCAUGACCGGUAUAAGUUUCACCGGAGCCGCGUUCUCAAUGGAAAAGUCAUCAGCGGGCGUGGGAAUCCCAGUCAGAAGCUUGAAAAUGUCCGGCGUCGUAGGUGGUGUCGCGGGAAGUUAUGGUGCUAGGUUCUAUAGUGGAGCAGUGGGUUCUCCUCCAGCGCCCUUUUCAACUUCCAUCACAAUGGUUGACCCUUCUUCAAUCUCACGUAGAUCAUACGCCGCAGCCGUUCAAAAUCGUAAUUCAGAUUAUCCAAUGAACGCACUCUCGUCAUCCUUCAACUCCCUAUCCAUGCAUGCCAUGUCUACCUCUUUAGGGACGUCAUACACCCGUGGACAGGUACAUUCCUUAUUGGCCGCAAGAUCAGAUGCCGAACUUACAAAAGAAUACAUGUGUUGUACACAACGUUUUGCCGGAUUACACGAUUUAUUGGAACAUGUGGAAGAUAUGCAUCCUCUCGGAGGUGAAAUUGAUAAUCAAAAUAAUCAUUUCUUCUCGAUGGAUAUGGAUAUGGAAGAAUUGGAUGAAAAACCCUUGAUCGAACGUACCACUUCAUUGGCGGGUUCAUCGAUGACUAGCGAGAGCCGAUCUUCUGAAAUAAUACCGACAUAUCCUGUACCUAUCAGUAAACCAACCACUCCGACGUCAGAAUUCCCUGUUCCAGUUCCAGUGACGGGUAAUUCAUUCCAAAUUUCAGACGUUCUCACUUCUCCAUUGGAAGUUCAUGUCCCUUCUGCCCCAUUAUCAAGAGUCUCAACGAAUACUUCUUCUCCGGCCGAUGGAUCAGUCGUCACACCUAACACAUCGGGUCAAGCUUCUCCUGUAUUUCCAAAGAUGGCACCUGGUCGAUCUGCUUUUUUCCCAAUCGCCAAACAACCUAUCAACCAUAAACGUCAUUUCGAUAGGGCUUUCAAUGAUGUGGUGUCGGGCAAAGCAGCAUCACCCAAGACGAAUACGGAAGAUGGUCAAACGUUGAAAUUACCAAGAGCCGUGGCACCUACUGUAUUACAUGGUUCCGGACCGUCCACUUCAGACACGCCAGGUCAAGGAACGAAUACAAGUGGAAAUGGGGAGAACAAAUCCACAGAUUCACCUUUACCUCAACCUAGCUUGUUUUCAACGGAUAAACCUUGGAGAUGUCCGAAUCCAGGAUGUAAUAAAUCUUAUCGUCAAAGUAAUGGUCUGAAGUAUCAUCGUGAGAAAGGACAAUGUGAUUUUGCCAUACAUGAUGCUGUGGACUUGGGUCUCACUUUUGAAGAAGCGGAAAGACGGAAUAAACCUUUCGUAUGUGCGGUAGGUAAUGGAUGUACAAAACGGUAUAGACAGAUGAACGGGUUGAAGUAUCAUUACCUCAAUUCCGGUGCACAUGGAGCAUGGGGUCUUAGAUUAUUAGAAAACGGUACUCAUCCCGCACCAAUCAAUCCCAUCUCAACACCUUCAACUCCCAUUUCAUCAUCUUCAACACCUAAACCUCUACCAUCACUCAAAGUCAAACUCCCGUUAGACCCGGUGCAUUAAGUCAAACGAGACCAAGUAAUAUAUCAACUUCAACCAUUCAACCCACUCAAACCCAAACUCAAAGUGGGACAUCGAACCAAACGAGACCGAACAAUAUAUCAAACCAGAAUACAAAAAUCGGAGUAUUGAGUCAAACGAGACCUAAUCAAAUCCCCGUUCAGACUAAAAGACCUAUCCCGACGGGUCAAAAUGCUUUAAAUAGGAUAGGAGGGAAUGGUUUAAAUCAAAGAGGUCCAGAAGCUAUGUUAUUCGCUGUUGGACCGGAGGAUUUGUUGGGGAGAUCAUAGGUCAUUCUCACAACGACACAAGUGUUUCUCAAUAAUUACACGAUUUAAUCAAUCUUCCAUCUGACACGACGCCGAUCAAAUCAUCCUUAAAACAAAAGAUCUUGGUAAUGGUUCAUUCCAUUUCCACGCUCAAAUCAAGUUUUUCUUGAAUCAUCUUGUAACGAAUUGAUUCAAGAUUCAUAUGAAAACUCAAAAAAAAAUUGAAAAAAAAUUCAACAAUCAUCUUGUCAAUAUCAAGUACAGUAUGUAUGAUCUGAUCUGUAUAAAAACAACCACAUCUUUCUUCAACUUUGGUGAAAUCCGUAUUUGUAUACAAAUGGUAGAUUGGUAAAAUGGUAAAAUGAUAAAAUGGCACUGUUGUUGUGCCUCUUUUGCAAAGUUUUUUAGUAUAAUUUGGAUCUUUUGUCAUGUUGCCAUGCACCUUUUUUUGCUCUUU